AUGACAUUUGCAGAGAGGUGGCAUCCAGAGACUUCGUUAUUUCAUCUUUCUCAUGGCGAGGUUACCAUCACUCUUGAAGACGUCACAUGCCUCAUGCAUAUACCUAUCAGGGGUAUCCUCUUUGGUCAUGGUAGGCUGACGAAGGAGGAAGCGAGGGAGAUGCUGAUUGAGGAGCUAGGGGUUGAUCUUAAGGACGCGCUUGAGGAGGUGGAGAGGACCUGCGGGGCACAUGUGAGGUUUCACUUCUUGACGCGACAAUACAAGGCUGAGCUCCUUACGGCACAUGCUGGUGCUGGUGACGAGGCAGAGGUGGAUAUACACAGGCAGCGGGUGCUGAGAUGUUACUUCCUAUUUUUGUUAGGCAUCCAGUUAUUUGUGGACACGAGCUCGUCGUACACAUACGUCGUUUACCUGAGGUACUUAUCAGAUACCGCACGUGUCCAUAAGUACAACUGGGGAGCGGCUACACUGGCGUACAACUACCAUAGACUCAUAGAGGGAUGCUUUAGGAAGGCAAGGAUUGUGGCUAGCAGCUGUACCCUUUUAUAG